CACCGCAAAACGUGGCUUGUGGCUGCGGAAGAGGAGGAAGGUAUGCUGAGGGCUCGGAUCCAAAGAGUUCAGGUUCCCCUGGGUGAGGCGCUGCGACCCAGCCAGCUCCCCCCAUCCCGGCUGCCUCACAUGUGGCAGCUGUCCCAGGCUUGGUGGUGUUGAAGAACUGCUGCUAAAACUCGUGCCUGGUGAUUAAUCUGGAGCAGUGUCUCUAGGAAGAUGUCGUUGUAUAUUUUGUACAAUAAAUGAUUCUCUCUCCACUGAAAUGCAGCCACCUCUGAGGUGGAAGCAGUUAAACAAACUGCACACAGCAACAUCACACAAGAGUUUAGGACAGGCAGUGAAGAGGAGUAUUGUGUCCAAGUGAAACGUCAGGGGGAGUUCUAGUUCUCCGAACAUGUCCCAGAAGGAUCCCUGCCAGAAACAAGCCUGUGAAAUACAGAAAUGCUUGCAAGUGAACAACUACAUGGAGUCUAAGUGUGAAACCGUGCUUCAGGAAAUGCGGAAGUGCUGCGCCCGGUACCCCAAGGGCAGAUCCAUCUGUUGUUCAGGGUUUGAGAAAGAAGAAAGGGAGAGAGAAAAGCUUAAGGCAACUUCAGAAGGAAUUCCCCCACCACCUCAGUAACACAAUGCAGCUCCAGCAGGUGCUGGAGCAUGGACUCACCUGCAGAGCUCGUGUGUGUUUUUUCAAGCCUUCUUUAGACUUUCAGGAAAGCCAGAUUGCUCCUAGAACACACCAUCCGGCACACCAAAAAGUAUAACGCAGUACCAACAGAUGACCUGGUUAACAGACUUUAUUUUCUGUACCAAAACAUCAUCUACAUUGUCUUUGCAUCGCACCUGUGUCUGUGAAAAGUCAACUUGAUGUUUUUAGAAUGCUUACCUUACUCUAAUCCAUCCUUGCUCUCAAAAUGGAGAACUGGAACCAAGUUAUUCUGGCUUCUGGAGCGAGAGGUACAGGAAAUGAGCUCAGAAGAGUGAGUGAGUUUAAGUGUGACACAUGAAACAAGCCCAUCUUGACACAGCAAAGGUAUUGCUGCCACCAUGCAGUAGUUCCAGACAACAUUUGCCUGUCCAGUGGUUCAAGCUCAAGAAUGGGAAUCAGGUCUGGGGAUUGUUCCUAGGUCUUGCAUAGAACACGAGUGACUACACGUCACUUUGCCUAAGUGCCUCACUUUCCCACUGGACAGACUUUUGGUUACUUUAUAUUUGAAUUGCCUACACGCUGCUAUUUGCAUGACAAAGAUGUUACAGGAACAUUAUUUCAGGGAUUGCUACAGGAAUAGGAUUUAUU